AUGGAUAAAAUUGAAUACAAAAAGAUAGCGAAUGUUUCAGUGUCAAGCAAUUCAAAUUCAGAUCAAGAUAGUGCCAAUACAACUCUUUUGAUUGAUAACCAAGAUGAUCCAUAUUCAAGCCCUGUAACUCAGAUCAAUGGUAGAAUAUCAUAUUUACAAGAUUUAGAAGAUAUUCCUCAAGGUAGACAUCUUGGAUUGUUUUCAACUAUUAUAUUGUUUAUAUCAAGAAUACUAGGAAGUGGGAUUUUUAGUAUAGCAAGUGGGAUUUAUGAAGAUUGUGGAGGAUCAAUCGUACUAUUCUUUUCAGCUUGGGGUAUAGCUGCUAUAUCUGCCUUUAGUGGGUUGUAUAUAUAUCUUGAAUUGGGUUCCAUUGUACCUAGAAGUGGUGGAACUAAAGUAUUUUUGGAAUUUAUCUAUGAAAGACCGAAAUUAUUAGCAACGGUUGCAUAUCUGGUAUAUUCAAUCAUAUUUGGUUUCACCCUUUCAAAUAUAUUAAUCUUUGGAGAAUAUUCCUUACAUGCAACUGGAUUUGAAGUAACUCCCGUUAGAAUUAGAAUUGUCGGCUUGGUAUUCUUAUAUGGUGCUGCUUUGAUCCAUGGGGUUAGUGUACAUCAUGGGGUUAGAGUUCAAAACUUAUUAGGAGCUUUAAAACUUGGAUUAAUCGCAAUCAUGCUUGGAACCGGUAUUUAUGUAACUUGUUUCCCAACCUCACUUACUAAAAUAGAAUCAAACUUACAUUGGGACGAUUUCUUUAAGAUUAAUAAAAAGGUUUCAGCAUCAAAUUUUGCUGGUGCUAUUAUAAAGGCAACUUUUUCAUUUGGGGGUUGGAAUACAGUUCAUAACGUUACAAAUGAAAUUAAAGAUCCUGUCAGAACUUUGAAAAUAGCUGGGCCUGCUUCAUUAGGUAUCAUGGCUGUCACAUAUGCUCUUAUCAAUCUUGCAUAUUUAAUAGUCAUUCCAGGUGACGAUAUAAUCAAUGGUGGAACAUUGGUAGGAUCCAUGUUAUUUGAAAGAGUAUUUGGUUAUACGAUCGGAAGACAAUUCUUAACCUUAUCGGUUGCUUUAUGUGCAGCUGGAAAUGUCUUUGUGGUGAUCUAUACUAUUUCCAGAGUCAGUCAAGAAAUAUUUAGAGAAGGUUAUUUACCAUUUUCAAAAUUCAUGUCAUCAAAUUGGCCCUUUGGUGCUCCAAUGCCAACUUUAUUAUUAAGUGUUCUGUUAAGUACAUUAGUCAUUAUAAUCUUUCCUAAGGGAGAUAUUUAUAAUUAUAUCGUCUCAUUAGAAGGGUAUCCAAAUCAAAUCGCAUUAGCAUUUGUAUCCAUUGGUGUCUUUGUAAUCAGAAAAAGAUAUCCAGAAAUAAGAGCUCCGAUAAGAGCAAGCUUGAUCGGUACUUCUUUGGUAUUGAUCACAUCACUUUAUUUAGUAAUCUCACCACUAGCAACCACAGUGAGUCCUAAUCCUCGUGGUCUUGAACAUUGGCCAUCUUAUGCUCUUGUUGGGUUGAUCUGUGUUAUAUUCUGUAUAUUAUUUUGGGUGGUUAAAUUCAGUUUAUUACCAAAGUUAUUUAACUAUAGUUUAGAAUCGGAAGAGUUUCAAUUAGAGGAUGGGUUAACAGUUAAGAAAUGGGUUAAAGUUUAUGGACCCAGAUAA